CACAGGGAGGCGUGCGGGAGCAUGCAGCAGCAUCAGGGAGGCGGCUCACCAAGACCGCUGCCAUGCCUGCAUGCACGCUACUGUGGCCGCACAUGAACUGCAGUGGUUUUCGCAACUACUUUGCAAUUACUGAAAACGAUGAGGAUGGUGAGAUCAGAGCGAAACGGCAAGUCACGCGCGGAAAAUGAACAGCGUGCGGCGGGACUCCGAUCUUCUUGAACCCUGAAGAACCUUUAAGUAGUGUGAAGCAGCCCCUCUGGCUGAGUAGGAUCCUCCCUUUCUCCACCCUCACCUCCACCCCAGCUCCACCCAGCACAUGGCCUCCAUGCCGGGCGUCCCCACAUCCUCCAUCACCAAGGUGCUGCUCCUGGGCGCCAUCGCCGCUGCCUCCGCCUUCGUGGUGACCAUCCUCAUCGUGCUGCUCUGCAUGGGUUGCCAGAGGAAAAGGAGGAGAAGGAAACUGCAGGCAGAUGGAGAACGAUACAGCCUGGUAAACGCGCAGGGGGCACUGCGGCAGUCAAAGCUGCGUUCCUUCAGCAAGUCCGACACAAGGCUGCAUGAAAUGAGCCGACUGACCUGCAACGGUGGUGGCACCACAAAGCACCGGCCGGCCAGCAUGGACCUUCUCUACAUGUCCAGUCGGAGGUCCAACACGGACCUGCGCUUGAUCCACCCCCGGCAGCUGCCAAAGGCGCCCUCUGGUGGUGUGGAUGACCGCGAGCACACGUACUCGGAGGUGGGCCGGCGUGCCUCGCCUCUCCGCGUCCUUGAUGACGGCCUGUACGAGAGUGUGGGGGGCAUGGCUGGUGAGCCAGAGGGCCAGAGGCCCGCCCACAGGCUGGGGGGAGAUCCCGGCCCCCCUGGCAUGGCGGCAGCGCCGCAAGACCCCGUGAUGGCUGAGUACGCCUCCAUCCGGAAGGUCAGGAAGGCGGACAGGAGCCCACGCAGAGAGGGCGGAGCUCGGUCGCAACACGCCCUGCCUCCGCCACACACGCGCAGCCAUGAGGCACCCAGGAAGAACACGGACCCCUUCCUCAUUCACUCGUUCCACAAGGAGACGGUGUUCAUGGGAAACGGGGAAGAGUACAUCUGGAAACCCCCGGAAGAAGACGACAUGGCAGUGCCACAGCGCCACCUGGCGGCUAGCACCGUGAGCCCUCCUGCCGAGAGCGACAGGGAACACUCCCUGGAGAUAUCGGAGAUGUACUCCAAAGUGUGCAAGCCGAACAAGAAGAAGUGGGCGCAAACAUCUCCCCCGGACACGGAGGAGAGCAACGGGCAACGAAACCGACCUUGGUCUUCAGGCGGCGAGGAGGGAGAGAUGGGCCACUGCACGGCAAAUAGCCAGGAUUGGGUGGGAGGAGGAGGAGGAGGGGGAGUAGGGCAUGAGGAAGGUGGUGGAGAGGAAUGCAACGUGACUGACUCCCGCUAUGAGUCCGUUGGUGAGAAGACCUGGCCCCAGGAAGGGGAGGAGACAGAACCGGCAUACGAAACCAUUGACGGCAACUGGAAAGGAGACGGGCCCAACGGUGCUACAGCAAGAUCCAAGAAGAGGUCUCCACAAAAGCAGAAGCAGCCGUCCAACCAGGCAGCACCUGGGGAACAUUUCUAUGAGAGCAUCAGCGACGUGAGGCAAGGCCUGAACACCUCCAGCACCACAACCAUCUUCACGUUCAACGACGGCAUGGAGAUGUACGUCACUGGGCUCUAGCGGCUGACUGACCCUCCCAUCCUGGAUGAAGUCAGUUCUACUGCCUGGAACUCCUGGUGUCCCACCUUGACUCAGUCAUCCUUAAAAACACUGAACCGCAGCUCCUGUGCUGUUAUCACAACUUGUCUCAUCUCACUUAAUUCAUAAUUGAGCGUAAUGGAUUGCAAAAGUUAGCAGAAGGGUGACUGCAGUUCAUUAUCCAGAUGGGCCAAGUUACGACCGAACGCUUAUCUGAUAUGCAGUGGGGGACAGUGUAUUUCUCUAUUUAUUCUUGCAUAACUGAUGCCGAAGGUUAUGCUCACAUGGGGCCCUCAAUUCAGAAUCUUCUUUAUAUAUAUAUAUAUAUAUAUAUAUAUAUAUAUAUAUAUAUAUAUAUAUAUAUAUAU